UAGUUGAACGGAAGUGUUAACCGUGCUAUGCAACACAAGGCACCGCCAAAGGUUCAAUACCUGAAGUCUUUCUCUUCAUCUUAUGAGGUCCAUCUUAUGCUCUGUGUAAACUUCGUCCCCAAGUUCCAUCACAAUCCCCAUUGACAGGUCGAUCCAAACCCUCUAUCUUUGAACACGAUCAAAGUUAUUGUAAACAUCAAGAUUUUUUCUCCGAGCUCUUGCAUGAUCAAAGAAGCGGCAGAGAUCUUCAGAGAACGAUGCAAUGAAGGAACAAGGUAACAAUGUCGAUUCAGGUCGAAAGAAGAAUGAUCAAACCACAAUCAACGGUGAUAAUCGGAAGAAACCCACGUUUUUACUUUCAUCUGAUUUGGGUUUUGUUAAAGAUUCAUCGCCUUCUUCUCUAGACAAUAGUGAAACGGUAGGCCGGAGAAAUGGGUCUCAAAUUAUGGACUUUAAGGAUGAUAUUUAUGUUACAGAUAGUCCUAAAAGUGGGACACAACGAAGGGGCAGGAAAAGGGUUCAUAUUUCUGAAAGGGAUGAUUUUGCAAAGGAGAAAGGUGAAAAGGUGGUUGAUGCUGGACUUACACUAGGUAAGAGGAAGAGGGUAAGUAGUGCUUCAAACAAAACUACCAUUGAAUUUGAUAUGGGCAAGAAUGGGGAAAAUGUUUCAAGGAGAGAGCAAAAAAUGAAAGGACAGUUCAAGGUGAUUGGGUCCGAGGGACGGAAGAAAAUUGGGUCGAUAAAAGAUGGUGAUGGGUCAAACUCUAGUAAGAAAGUCAGUAGUUCACAUCGUUGUUUAAGUGCGAAAAUUGUUGUGAGAAAACAGAGGGAGAGGAAUAAGCGCAAGGAAGGGGGAGAAACACUUGGCAUUCGUAUUUCCGAAAGGGAUGAUUUUGCAAAGGAAAAGGAGGAGGUGGGUGGUCGUGUAAAGGUAGUUGAUGGUGGGCUUACAGUGGGUAAAAGGAAGAGGGUAUGUGGUGCUUCAAGUAAAGCUAUCAAUGGUAUGGACAAGAAUGGGAAAAGGGUUAGAAGGAGAAAGCAAAAUGUGAAAGGACGGUUGAGGGAAAAUGGAGAUAGGUCAAACUCUAGUGAAGCAGUCAGUAGGAGUUCACAUCAUAUUUCAAGAGAGAAAAUCAGUGGGAAAGAACAGAAGGAAAUGAAUAAGCACAAGGAAGGGGGACUUACACUGCGUAAAGGGAAGAGGGAAAGUGGUGUUUCAAGCAAGAGAAACAUUGAAAUGGACAAGAAUGGGAAAGAUUCUAGAAGGAGAAAACAAAGUGCAAAAGGACUGUUCAAGGUGAAAGGCUCGGAGAGAGAGAUGGAAAUGGGUGCGAGGAAAUAUGGUAAUCAUUCAAGUGAGAAAACCGUAGUAAAAGAGCAGAUGAAAAGGAAUAAGCACAAGGAAGGUGGAGAAAAACUUAAGAGUACUAGUACUACUAGAGAUUUGCAUUUGUGGAAAGAAAACCUACUGAGUAUGCUUAAAACUCUUGAUAAUGAGCACGUUUCCGAUAAUGUGUAUGCAAGUCUCAUUGUAAAAGGUCACUGGUCUAGUACCUUGGACUGCAAAGUUCUCCAACAAAGAAUCCAAAGCUGCGAUGCUGAUACUAGGAGUUGUUCAGCAGUCAUUCCAGUAGCGGAGGAGGAAUUCUGCAAAUUAUUUAGGAUAGAGAAGAAAUCAUUGACAAGAAAACCGAAACAGAUAGUAUACCGUGGUGGGAAAUGCAGUCUUCUCUCGUGGAUGAUUGAUUUAGAUACUAUUCCGGUUCUUGGGAAGGUUCAGUACAAGAAAGCUAUAACGACUGGAGUAUCUAUUGAAGGAAGGAUAACCAGAGAUGGCAUUUGGUGCGACUGCUGCAAUGGAACCAUCAGCAUUUCGGAGUUUGAGUCUCAUGCGGGAAGUAAACUCGGUCAACCAUUUCAGAACAUAUAUGUAUUAGAGUCUGGGUUUUCCCUGUUACAGUACCUGCUAUAUUCGUGGGGCAAAUAUAAAGGUUCGGAAUGCAUUGGAUUCCAUUAUGUUUUUGGUGACGAUUCAAGUGAUGAUUGGUGCAACAUGUGCGGAGAUGGUGGGGAGUUGAUCUGUUGUGAUGGUUGUCCUUCAACUUUCCAUCGAAGUUGCUUAAAUCUCCGAAAGGUCCCCUCUGGUGACUGGCAUUGUGUAUAUUGUUCUUGCAAGUUUUGUGGGAUGAUUGUUGGGGAUUCUUGUCAAAGGGAUCAGAGUACUGACAUUCCUGUUUCUGCAUUACUCAAAUGCCGUUUGUGCAAGCAAAAAUAUCACCAAAGUUUUGUUCAAGGGAAGGAUGUUGUACAUGCUGAUUCCAAUUGUCCAUCCUUUUGUGGGAAGGAGUGUAAAGAGGUCUUUGAGCAGCUACAGGUUCUUCGUGCGAUUAACCAUCCCUUGGAAGACGGAUUUUCAUGGACUCUUCUUCACCGUUCUGAUAUUAGCCAAGAUAAAUCUCUUAGAGCUGCUCCAGAAAUUGAAUGCUCCAAGUUAGCUGUUGCAUUAUCUAUUAUGGACGAAUGUUUCUGGCCAAUUGUGGACCAAAGAAGUGGAAUUAAUAUAAUUCCUAAUGUUGUUUAUAACUGUGGGUCAAAUUUUCCUCGGCUGAACUACAGUGGAUUCUUCACUGCUAUACUUGAGAAGGGUGAUGAAAUUAUAUCGGUGGCAUCCAUAAGGAUACAUGGGAAUCAUAUAGCAGAGCUGCCAUUCAUUGGGACGCGGUAUAUUUAUCGGUAUCAAGGGAUGUGUCGUCGGCUUCUAAACGUAAUUGAAUCGGCGCUGUGCUCCAUGAAUGUUGAGAAACUUGUCAUACUUGCUGUCUCUGAACUUGUGGAAACAUGGACUUCUGUCUUCGGUUUCAAGCCGCUUGAAGAACCAGAAAAGAACGAAAUGAAACGUAUGAAUUUAAUUGUGUUACCUGGUGCGCAAAUGUUGCAGAAACCUUUAUCAAAGCAGCAGUUCACUGAAGGAGGAAGUACUUUUCAUUAGUAAUUUUGUUACUAUCAAACAGGGAGUGUCAUUUUUGGGAAGACAGGUUCAAGGUUUAACAAUAUAAGUCAAAGGUACUUUCUUUUGACGAGCAUUUUGCAGUGUAUAUAUCUUGUCUAGGAUGCCCAUGGAGUUUUAAGCGCAUCAUGUUAAGCGGAUCAAAGAGAGGUCUGGUGAUAAUAUGUGGGUUUUGUAGUUUACUUUUGCUGUUGUCUAAUACUACUAGAUUUUACAUUUUGUUAUCUAAAUACAGGUGGUUAAGAAUUCUAACUUAAUAUUUGUGGCAUACAUGAAUGGCUAGAUGUUGAUAACAAACAAAAGAGGGAUGCUACAGACACGCCUCUCGGCCACUCCCCAUACACUCCUCUCUCACAAGCAAUGGAGCCCGCAGAUGUGUGGAGCGCAUUGCUUGUGAGAUACAAGUCUCUAGGGAGUGGCCGAGCGGCGUGUCCCCCAUAUUUCCAAGGACAAAAAGCUGUCUACUUUAUGCCUGCUCCUAUGGAGAAGCGUAUGACUACCAACACUUGUUGCUUAUAUACUGGUACAGCUUUAUAUUGUGCCACCCUCCCUGUUUGGGGAUAUGGUAUCCCCCUACCCACCGUUGGAUCUUCAUAAUUGAAUCACAGCCAACAAAAUUUGUAAUCACAAAAAACCAGUUACUUGGUUAGCUGGAAAAGCCUUUGAAAAUCUUUAUCAAAAAAAAAAAAAAAAUCUAUCACUCCAAAACUAACUCUCUCUCUCUCUCUCUCUCUCUCUCUCGAAUCGCCGCAACUUUUUCUGUCUCCACGACACCAUCUCGGCCCUAAGCGACCAUGAGCGCCUAUCUUGUACUUCCCAUAGGUAAAUCUCAUCUCUCUCGCACUCUGUUAUACACACAAUAUUAGUCAAAAACUUCAUUAUUGUCUUAAAAUACUGCACUUGUUUACUGAAAGAAGAAUGAGGGGUGGUAUCUUGUUUGUUUGUUUCCUAGUUUAUGGUGUUCGACCAUCAAAGAGAGUGAACCAAAUAUGAAGUGGGAUCAUUUCAAGGAAGUCUUUAAUGCAAUGUGCUUUCCUCCUUUUGAGAAAAGAACAAUUGUUGAGUUCCUAAACUUGGAGCAAGACAAAAUGACGGUGAGUGAGUAUACUGCAAAGUUUACUCGAUUGUCACGCUUUGCCACUUUUGUUGUUGAUACAGAAGACAAAAAAGCAAGAAAAUUCGAAGGAGGCUGAAGAUGAUUUUAAAAUUAAGGUAAAAUUGUUGAAGUUGUCUACCAAUGCUGAGGUUAUUGACAGAGCUUUGAUUUUGUAGAGUGAUGAAAAAGAGAAGGGAUCUAAAGAGAAGGAUACAAAGCUUUAGCGAUUUCAAGAGGCAAAACACAAAGGCUUCUAGUGCGGGAUCCUUUAUGCCAAGAGGUGAAAAUGGACAACCAUACUACACGUGUGAAGAGUAUCAUUCGGGACAACCAUGUUGGCUACUAGGGGGAGUGUUUCAAGUGUGGUCAAAAGGGUCACUAUACUAGAGAUUGUCCCAUGAACAAGACUGGAAAUGCGCCUAGACAUAAUGUUUCUACAUAUGAUUCUUCAAAGAACAAGGUGGGCAAUGGAACGGAUGAUCAAAUGGGACAAGAAAGGGUGUUUUGCUUUAGCGCCCAACAACAUUCUAGAAGCUGAUUUCAUUGUUUUAGGUUGUUUCAGGUACUAUGUUAAUAUGUGGCUGUCCUGCUCAUGUUAUUUUUUGUUCAAGUUCUAUAUAUAAAUUUGUUUCUCGUCGGUUUGCAUCAUGCCUAUCUACACCUCCUGAGCUAUUAUGCUACGUGCUAUGUGUAUCUACACUAUCGAGAAUUUCCAUGUCGAGCACGUCUAUGUACAAAUUAUGUGAUAUCAUGGUAGGAGAAGUUACCUUAUUUGUUGACUUGAUUCC